AUGACUCUUCCAUCACUUGCAACACAAAUAGUAUUGAAGAAACACCCUACAGGUUUCAUCAAUCCGGAAUUUAACAAAUUGGACUCAACUUUUGCUGUUAAACACGCAACUUUCCCCAAGGAGCUCAAAGAGGGAGAGGUUAUAGUUAAGAAUUUAUAUCUUUCCAACGACCCUACCCAACGAUCUUGGAUCAGAAGCAAGCUUGAGAAAAGAAGACAUUAUGCCAAACCAGUUGAAGAAGGAACUCCAAUGCGGUCUUUGGGUUUAGGCCAGAUUAUUCAAUCCAAUUCCGGCAGAUUCAAACCCGGAGACAUUGUAUAUGGAAUCAUUUUAUGGGGAGACUACUCUGUUUUGGAGGACACUUCAUUGUUUAACAAGAUCGAUACAUCGCUCGGAUUACCUUUGGAGUAUUAUCUUUCUGUUUUGGGAAUGACUUCUUUAACGGCCUUUUUCGGGUUGACAGAGGCAGGCGAUUUGAAACAGUAUUUGAAUCAUCCACAUGGAAAAGGCCCUAUCGUUUGUGUAUCUGCGGCUUCAGGUGCUACUGGAUCUGUAGUAGUCCAAAUUGCAAAGAACUUAUUGGGAGCAUCCAAAGUAAUUGGUAUCUCCGGAUCUAAAGAAAAGUGUCAAUGGGUCGAGAAAUUGGGAGCAGAUAUAUGUGUGAAUUACAAGGACCCAAACUAUCAAGAUCAAAUUGAAAAGUUUCUUGGUGAUGAGUUUAUUGACACUUAUUUUGAUAAUGUUGGAGGAGAGAUCCUCAGCUUUAUAUUGACAAAGGUCAAGAAGUUUGGAAAUGUUGUUGCUUGUGGUUCUAUCGCCGGAUACAAUAACCGCGAAGCACUGAAGGUCUCAAAUUGGGGUGAAAUUACUGUGAACUCAUUAACAGUUAGAGGAUUCAUUGUAACGGAUUACCAAGAACAUUUCCCCAAAGCUAUUGGCAUUCUUACCGAAGCAGUCAAAAGUGGAAAGAUUCGUACUGACGGAGCUUAUCACGUUGAGAACUUACACGGACAUGACCUUAUCCAUCGAUUGGAAAAUAUCCCAAAAAUAUGGAACAAGCUUUUCGAAGACAACAAACCAAAUGGAAAGAUGAUCACUAAAGUAGCUUUAGAUAUAUAG